ACGAACGAACAGAAUUUCAUCAAAUUCACCAAUCGUGUGAUCAAUGACAUGUCUUUUUUGCUCGAGGAGGCAUUGGAUGGAUUGAAGAAGGUGCGAGAGCUGCAAGAUUUGCGUGACGAUUCGGCCCGUUGGUCAGAAUUACCGAGACAGCAACAAAUCGCUCGAAUGGGUGAAUUAGAACAGCACGAGCGCCAGGUGCGUUCCUAUCUGACAUUGGCCAAUCAGACGGUUAGCAUGUUGUACCAUCUGACGUCCGAGAUUCGCGGUCCGUUUCUGCGCCCGGAGAUAGUCGAUAAACUGGCCGCUAUGCUAAAUUUUAAUCUUGUUCAACUUUGUGGGCCACGUUGUAGCUCCCUGAAAGUGCGCAAUCCCGAGUCAUACGGAUGGGCCCCAAAAACACUAUUGGCUCAGUUGGUUGCAAUUUAUCGUCACCUAGAUUCAGAAGACGGUCAAUUCGCACUAGCCUUGUCCAAAGACGAGCGAUGCUUUUCAAGGUCGCUAUUCGAUUGCGCUUGUGUUCUCAUGUCUCGUCACAGAAUACAAACACCUGAAGAAUUGGAGCGUUUUGCACGUCUUGGAGCCAAGCUUGACGUUGUCAAGCUCCACUCUCUGAAGCAUGAACCUAAAAAUACUUUGAGAGAUGAACGAGAAGCCUGGUGGACGCUACGUGCAGUGGAGGUGGAAUCAUCCGCUGAGUGCGGAAACACUCGGCAACUCAUCCGACCUACGGGCCCUAAAAGACGUUAG